GUCACACAGAGGGGCGUGUCUGGUGGCUCUUCCUGCUCGUGAGCCGUUGGGACACACCUGAGAGCGGAGACACCGGAGGACACCGUCCACUUCAAAUACCGACACUCGGUUCCUUCUUGCUAUCUUCACGAAAUGCCUCCAUCCUCUUCCUCCUCCUCCCCCCUCCUCCUCCUCCUCCUCCCCCUCCUCCUCCCCCCCCUUCAGCGGCUCGCCGCCGCGGCAGAGGAGUUGUCCUGCCGCGACGCGUUCCGCACCGGACAGGACGACUUCGUGCUGGACGUGGAGGACGCGGUGACGGAGGGCGCGGCGCUGCUGUCCACUGUGCGCGUGCGCACGCUGGAAGCCUGUCGGAGCGCGUGCUGUUUGGACGACCGCUGCAACCUGGCGCUGCUGGAGCCGCGCGGCCCCGCGGCGGGAGCGGCGGGAGCGGCGGAGCACCGCGUGUGCGUCAUGUUCGACUGCAUCCACAGAAACCGCUUCGUGUGCCGGUUCGUGAACAAGGCCGGAUACCAGAGCUACAUCCGGGAGGAGGUGUUCCAGAAGUACCUGCGGGGGCCGACGGGGUCAGGUAAGAGGGUUAUGCCCAUCGCCAUCGCGGCCCGUGAUGUCAUCGUCCAGCCCGGCGAGGCGGUGACGCUCAGCGGCAUCCAGAGCCUGGCGCUGGGCGACGCCCACAUCGCCACCUACCUGUGGACCCUGCAGAGCGGAGACAGCAGCGUGGAGAUGGAGGCCACGGAGCUGCCGGACCAGGUGCGCCUGCCCCUCCUGCCGCUCGGCGCUCACCACUUCCUGUUGACGGUCAGCGACUCCCACGGCCAGAGGUCACGCGGCGCAGAGGUCACGGUGCUGGUGCUCAACGCGGAGCAGACGGCCGCCUACUGCCUGUCCCCGGUGAAGGUGGGUCCUUGCCGUGCGUCCUUCCCCCGGUGGCGGUACGACGCCGUGACGACUUCCUGUGAGCGCUUUGUGUUCGGAGGCUGUAAAGCCAACGAGAACAACUUCCUGUCUGAGGGCGAGUGUGAGAGCGCCUGCAGAGGAGUCACAGAGUCUGCAGAGAGGACCGUCACUCUGCCCGUCACUGAGCAGUGUGGUGCUCCCUGUGCUCCUCUCCUCUUCUCCUGUGUCUCUGGCUGUUGUCUGGAUAAACAUCUGGAAUGUGACGGAGUGAAGCAGUGUGGAGACGGCAGUGACGAGGAGCCCUGCAGCAAACUGAACCAGACCUUUAACCGUCUGCUGGACAUUGAAGUGAACCAGAAGAAAGCCCGCUGUGUGGAGCCCCCCCUCACCGGGCCCUGCAGGGCCAGCUUCCCCCGCUGGUACUACGACCCCCUGAACAGGAAGUGCUCCCGCUUCACCUUCGGAGGCUGCGAAGGAAACGAGAACAACUUCGAGGAGGAAGACAAGUGCAGCGACACCUGCAGAGGAGUGACAGAGCGCCAUGCCUUCUUCAGAGCAAUAUUCGACCGUUACGCGGAGAAGGACGACAGCGACUCAGGGAACAUCGCUCUGGCCGUGUGCCUGUCGGUGGCCAUCUUGGCUCUGCUGGCCGUGCUCACCUACUGCUUCCUGAAGGGCCGGAAGGGGCGCUCCCAUAGGCCGGUGGCCACAGGCCCCGCCCACGGCUCCCAUAGGCCGGUGGCCACAGGCCCCGCCCACGUGGCGCUGUCGCAGCAGGAGACGCUGGUGUCCAACAGCACCACCGGGGAGUGAGGAUCGAUCCGCGGGAUGUGAUCAGGUGUCGGUUCUUUGAUGUCAGCUUGAAUGUAAAUAGGUCCUCCAUAUGUGUUAAGGUUUGAUACUUUGUCCUGUUGUGCGUGUAAUAAAUAAUAACUCCAUAAACACUGUGUAAUAAAUAAUAACUCCAUAAA